AUGGCAAAGUCAGUAAUUAUCAUGUUUGAGGACCCGGACUCGUGGGAAAAUGAGAGAGAAAAUGUUGAUAGCAUUUUGGACAAAUACACUGGAACCUCAGGAUAUCCUUCCACCAGAUCUUUGCCCCCUAUUAUUGUCGGUGCAGAACUCGGUGAAGAGGCCGUCGAGGAGUUGAGGAGCCUGAGUGGAGUACUGGUGCGGUGUCCGGAUGAAGAGGAAGAUUAG